UACAAUUUAUGUUUGUCACAGAAUUUCAUGAAAAUGGUGAAUUACAUACUUUAUGGGCUACAUAUAGAAAAUUUUCAGAAUAUCUAAUAAAAAUAUAUACAUUUGAAUUGUCAUCCGCAAUAAAAUAUUUACAUGAAUCUGGGAUCAUUUAUAGAGAUAUUAAACUGGAAAAUUUGCUCUUGGAUCUAAAUGGACACAUAAGACUCACCGAUUUUGGUCUGUCUAAAUGGUUAGCCAUAGGCGAGAAGACUCGAACUAUAUGCGGCACCUUAGUAUACAUGGCACCGGAAAUCGUUAACGAGCAGGCUUAUGGACAUGAAUGCGAUUGGUGGUCUCUUGGCAUUUUAGUAUACGCUAUGUUCUUUGGAAAGUUUCCAAUUCACGGUGCCGAAGACCAUCUGCAAAUGAGGAAUAAAAUGAGGAAAUACGAUUAUAACCAACUUCCACCUUUUCCCGCCAUAACUAAAUCGAGCAGCGAUUUCAUUAAACGAUUGAUUUCUAAAGAUUCUGCUACCCGUACCAGGAACAGUGCCGAAAUUACGAAACAUCCUUUUCUUACAGAAUUUCCUGAUCAAAAAUUGAAUAUUUGUAAUACAGAUGAAUGGAAAUCUUACCCGGUUUGGGAUUUUUAUCAUACCCCAUCGCAUAAUACCCACGAUACCCCUGACAAGGUUAACACCAAAACGGAGGAAAAAAUUGAAUCCUAUACACAAAAAAACAUCAAGUACAAAUCCAUAGCGUGGGCCAAUGAUAAUGAUCUCUCAAAAAACAACAUCGAUCCCUAUUCAUUCAAUAUUAGUAAAAGAAAGAAUUCUUUAUCUAAUUUUGCUCAAAUUACGCAACCCAAUUUAUAUUCCGCUAUUUACGCCAUGAACCAUCGACUUAGUCUUAAUAGUUUCGAGGAGCUAGAUAACCACGACGAAUCCUACUCACCAAAACACACAAUUUCCGCUCUAAAUAAAGACGAUUUCGCCGAUUUUGAUUAUGUCAGUAAAGAUAUGUUGAUAUGAUUCCCCUAUAAUCACGCUAUCAAACUUUUGUUUUCGGUUGGUGCAGUUGAACCAUAUGACUGAUCCCUUCAUAUUAAUUUAUUUAAUAUAUUCGCGUAUUUAGCUCAUAUAAUUUAUUAUGUACAUCUAACAUAUUUUUGACAAAAUUCAAGAAUGACUAUCAAAACACCGACAAUUAAAUUCAAAAAUGUAAAUAUUUUUAAAAAUAUAUAUUCUAUUAUUUAUAUAUCAA